CAUCCAGCACUGUUGUGGAUGAGCGGGAUAAAGGCUGCUCUGCCUUUCAUACACUAGAAUACAACUUCGCAGUCUCUAAUUAACGUAUUUAUUAGCCGCUUCGAGUGCAUCCAAUAACUUCAAAGCCCGUUAGGUUAGGUUUACUGUUUGUUAUUAUUUUUUCUUUUUUUCCCCGCUGCAUGUGGAGCGACUAAAGGGACGCGCCGACAGCAACCUGCCAACUCCAGUUUGAGAGAUUUGGCAGGUUGUGAGAGUAGUAGGCUCUCCCUGCAGCAGCUAGGCUAACUUGCAGGCAAAAAUAACGGCGUUCGCGGUGAGGCUCGGAGUACUGCUCAUCACAACGGGGAGUCACUUCGCCUGCGGGAGCAACGAUGACCGGGAGAAACUGAGGUACAGCAGCCCAAGAGUUGUGACUCUGCUCUGAUAAAUGUCAGCCUGCUCUGAUAUUUGUAUGGGUCUAUCGCCACAGCCAAAGAUCUUCCCUGGCAGACUGAACAAACGAGUUGACUCCAACAGAGCUACGCCUCUCUUCAGUCUACUUGUGGUCUGACGGCACUCACCAACAUCAAAGCUCUCUGUUCCUUUUGCUGUUUCAUCCCUCUGCUUCUGUUUUGAGAGAGGGAUGUCUCUUUUCUAACAGCUCUCAGCCUGCUUAUCUACUAGAUCUGUAAAACCGCGACCGACACUGAACAUGGAGGAUUAUGAUGUUCGCUCAGCCGCCAGCAUCCUGGCCUCAGUGAAAGAGCAGGAGGCACGUUUCGAGCAGCUGACCCGCGCCCUUGAGGAGGAGCGUCGCAACGUCAACCUACAGCUAGAGCGUGCCAAUCUGCCUCCCAACCCCCCCACCAGCCAACCACUACCAUGGCAGCAAGUGGUGAUGCAGGAGCAGAGCCCCAGUAACGCCACAUCCCUGGCCAUGAUGCAAGAGCCGCAGGAGGUGGUGGAGGAGACGGUCACCAUUGAGGAAGACCCCGGCACCCCCACCUCCCACGUCUCAGUGGUCACCUCUGAUGAUGGAACCACACGGCGCACAGAAACCAAGGGUAUAUCAGCUAACGUGAAGGUGACUAAGAUGGUGAAGACGGUGACCACUCGGACAGUGCGUCAGGUGCCCCUCGGCCCCGACGGCUUGCCGCUGCCCGAAGGCACGUCCCCGCUGGGCAGCUACACCGAUUCCAUCGACCGGCGAUACCUGAAGAAUGGAAGUGACCGCUUCAUAACGCCUCAAGCAACCUCAACCCUGACGCGCUCCUACAACAACUCCUACAACGAUUCAUACGGAGAGACACCGGAGAGCCAGUACAUUCGCCAUUAUGGUCUUCACGAUGGCUACGCCGAUUUGACGGAUAACUACGGCAGUCUUUCUCGUGGUGUCAACUACCGGCCGCCGCGGUACCCAUACAUGCCUAAUAGCUACCGGCCGGAGAAUAGCUACACCCUGCCUAUCAGAAAGGAUGAUUAUGGCCAUGUGGCGCAGCCCCAGGUGCCUAUGGGCAGCAGCACUGUGGAUCUGAACCGCUCACAACCAGAACGCUUCCAGCCUGAGCCGUACGGUCUGGAGGAUGAUCGCCGCAGCUUGGGCCCCGAAGAAGAAGAGCCAUAUGAGCUGGAGCCCGAUUACUCCACUGCCAACCGACGCACCCUGCCAGGGGCCAACCGUGGGCGCACCCACCGGGAACCGCUGCGUGAUGGGCCCCGAGUCAGAGGGUACCCAGAUGACCCCAUUGAGGCUGAGCUGAUCGAUGAGCGCCACCCUUACAUCCAUGGGAUGUAUUCAGCACCACUGGCUCAGCCAGAGAGGGGUAGCAUGGCCAGUCUGGACCGCAUGGGUGGUCGUCGCUCACCUUCCAUCGACAGCAUCCGCAAGGACCCACGCUGGCGGGACCCAGAUCUCCCUGAGGUCAUUGCCAUGCUAGGCCACCCGAUCGACCCAGUCAAGUCCAACGCCGCUGCCUACCUGCAGCACUUGUGCUACGAAAAUGACAAGAUUAAGAAAGAUGUGCGUCAGCUGAAGGGAAUUCCAGUUCUGGUGGGUCUUCUGGAUCACCCCAAGUCUGAAGUCCAUCGUAAGGCUUGUGGUGCCCUGCGCAACAUCUCCUAUGGCAAGGACAAUGACAACAAGGUGGCCAUCAAGAACUGUGAUGGCAUCCCGGCCCUUAUCCGCCUUCUGAGGAAGACCAACGACAUGGAAGUACGAGAACUCAUCACAGGAACCUUGUGGAAUCUGUCAUCCUAUGAACCCCUGAAGAUGGUGAUCAUCAACCACGGCCUGCAAACCCUGACCAACGAGGUGAUAAUCCCCCACUCGGGUUGGGAGCAUGAGCCCAAUGAGGACUCAAAGCCGCGUGAUGCAGAGUGGACCACCGUGUUCAAGAACACCUCCGGCUGUCUCAGAAAUGUGAGCUCAGACGGGGCAGAGGCUCGGCGCAGACUGAGGGAAUGUGAGGGAUUGGUGGACGCUUUGCUGCACGCUCUUCAAUCAGCUGUAGGGAAGAAGGACAUGGACAACAAGUCUGUGGAGAAUUGUGUUUGUAUUAUGAGGAAUCUGUCCUAUCACGUACACAAAGAGGUGCCAGGGGCCGAAAAGUACCAGGACCCGUCGGCGCUACAAGCCCCUGGUUCAGCGGGACCACAAAGGAAGAAGAAAGAUGAUGCUGGCUGCUUCGGAGGCAAGAAGGCCAAAGAGGAAUGGUUUAAUCAAGGCAGAAAAAACUGUGAGAAUGACAAAAGCUACGACACAUUGGAUCUGCCUAAGCGCACAGAGCCGUCAAAAGGCUUUGAGCUGCUGUAUCAGCCAGAGGUGGUGAGGCUCUACCUCUCUCUGCUGACGGAGAGCCAGAACUAUAACACCCUAGAGGCAGCUGCUGGGGCUCUGCAAAACCUCAGCGCUGGACAGUGGACUUGGUCCAGCUACAUCCGAGCCACAGUGCGGAAGGAGAAAGGUCUUCCCAUCCUGGUGGAGCUGCUGCGCUCUGACUCUGACAAGGUGGUCCGAGCUGUGGCCAUCGCUCUGCGCAACCUGUCCAUUGACCGCCGCAACAAGGAUCUAAUCGGAAGUUAUGCCAUGCGGGACUUGGUGAGCAACCUGCCCAGCGGUCAGCAGCGACCAGCCAAGAACCUGGAGGAGGACACUGUGGUGGCCAUCCUCAAUACCAUUCACGAGAUCGUCACCGACAGCUCUGAAAACGCACGCUCCCUCAUCCAGGCCCAGGCCAUCGAGAAACUGGUCGCCAUCAAUAGGACCAGCCAAUCAGCACGUGAAACGAAGGCAGCUUCCCAUGUGCUGCAGACAGUGUGGAGUUAUAAGGAGCUGAGGAACGCGUUGACCAAGGACGGGUGGAACAAAAGCCACUUCCAGCCCACUGUGACGGCCACUCCUAAAGCAACCAAGAACGGCAAGCCGGGCUACGAUGACACCACUCUGCCGCUGAUGGAGAAGAACCAAGAUGGUUACUCUACCAUUGACCAGAGGGACAAAGACUGCAAAUACAAGACCGGCGACGGUUCGGUGGACCUGACAGAACGGGAACCAUUAAAGAAUGACACAAAUAGGAAACACUAUAUCAGGAGUAACAGGCCUGCAGUCAGUCUGGUGGACGCUUGUGAUGUUAAGCCCCAGCCUGUUGACUCCUGGGUCUAAAUGCAUGCAUGGCUUAAAAUAGCAACUGUGUGACGCCAAGCUAGAAGAGGAUCUCCCAUAUCACCACUGCCAUUUCACAUGGAACUCAUCUUUGGAGUUGGACUUUGUACAGAUAAAGGGGAUUUCACAAAAAAAUAACGAUCACAACGGCAACUACCCAGCAGCAGCCAGCAUUCAGUCAUGCUUUUCAAAUAAAAUUUAAAAAAGAAAAGAAAAGAAAAAGAGACUACUCCUACUACUUUGUCAUAUCAACAUUCCCACUGGACAUCAUGUGAAUUUUACAGUUCUGACUCUUGUUGAGCGCAACCAGUGACAAAAAACAGACCGAGGCCGAUGCCGGCGGAACGAUGGAUAUGUGAUGGGGAAAGUGAAGUAAGCAAAGAAAGGAGAAAUGGGAUGUGUGUUGGAGAGAAACCUGAUGGAGGAAUAAAAUGUUCUUUUAUUUUAGCCUGCAUCAAAUUUUGUAGGUUGUGGUGAGUGUCAGACUCUGGUAUUUUGAUGUGAUGGGUUGGAACAGAUGUGUUUGAAGGUCACCGAAUGUUCGUUUGAUGGGAUGGAAAAGGAAAGAAAGCAAGCCUAAGAAGAACUGUAGCAUAGUGGCAAAACGUGUACUCCCAGCAGAACCCACCAUGAACUUAAAAUCCAUUUGGGUUCACUGUGUUUUUUGAAGAAAAAAAAAGUUAUAUAAAGUUAUUUCAAAGCCUUGCUUUGAUAUCAAAUGUGUCAAACUGGUGAUUGAUGUCCAUUUUUAUAAAGUCUGAGGAGUCUGCAAGUUCUAGUCUGGAGGAAGGCAAGUUACAUAGUGAGUACAUGGGAUGAUGUUUCUGUUUGCACUGCAUCACAAAAGUAAGAGAAAAUGGAAACAAAAGCAACAAAGACUUCCUGUUUAACUGUGGUCGACACAAAUGAGCCAGGCGGCGUGUCGACUUUUCUUCACAGAGCCGUGAUUACGUGUGUAACCACCAGGUUUGCGUAGUGAUGCAGUUUCAUGGUUUCCCAGCUGGUUGCUGUAUGUCAGUGAUGUGUAUUAAAGAGGAUAUAAGAGAUUUUGUUUAUAAAUGAUUUGUGCUUUUGAAAAGACAGGCAUAAGUUCUUUUUUGUUGGAAAGAUGGAUCCAAAAAGGAUUUGUUUUUGUUUUUUUGUUUUUUUGGGGGGGUUUUAUAUAAAUGUAUAUUAGGCUCAAAAGGAACAAAAAAAAAAAAGAAAAAUGAAGGAGAAAAUGACAUUUACUGACUUCUUAGUUGUAUAUUAAUAUCACAUUGUUUGGAAAGCACAUCUCAUUUGAUAGAAGUUCAUCAUGUUUGUAAGCAAGAAAUAACCACGUAACUUAAAUGUGUGUCAGUUAUCGUUACACAGCCGAUCACCUAUUUAUAUUUUGUGUUUAAAAAAAAAAAUGUUACAGGAAAAACAAAAUUUAUCUGCAGUUUUCUUUAUGAAGGCGAUGCAUCUGUGUUUGACUUCAUCUCUCUGGAGGGGUCAGAGGUCACACAGCUCGAUAAGAGGUGGCAGUGUUAAUGAAAGUCGCGUUUCUUUCCCCAAGCAAGUACCAUCAACUCUCCGACACCAGUGCAUCUUAAAGAGAAAUAUUCAGUCGUGAGCAUGAAGAAAAAUCUGUACAGAUGUUUAUAUUCUAUUCUUUCCAAGUGCCAGGUUUUGUUUUGUUUUUUAAAAUUUUGUCUUCUUUUUUUUGUGUGUGACGUCAUUCGGAUAUUAACUAAGUCCUUCGUGUGCAGGAAGAGUGUGCAGGUGGAUGAUUAGGUGGGGUUAGAGGCAAAACAACAACAAAAGAAGGUUGCAUCCCUCUGUACAAAUUCAAACAUCAAGUUUGACCAUAUAGUAUAUAUUUUUACAGCGUUACAGGGUGGGCAGCUGAGAUGCAAGAAAAGGGCCGUGGAAGAGAAUCCAAUCUGAGGUUGUAUCACUCUUGCGUCAUCAAGGCGAAUGGCAUGUGCCUGCGUUAAAGUCUGACUUUUCUUUGUGACGUAUGUGACUCUAUGAAGCUUGCAUAUUUUACACAGUGUUUACAAAGAUGUACGUUGUGGUAAAAAUCAAUGAACUACAAACAAACAACUUAUUGUAUAAAUUUUAUUUUCACAAGUUAAAAAAGAAAACAUGAUAAUACCCAGCAUCCCUUUCGUGUGUGUGUGUCCUCAGACGUGUGUGCUGUCAUUAGACCCACAUGACUGUCUGUUCCUAACUGCACUACGCAGUACCACAACCAAAGGAUCUGGAGUUGUAUUUACACAAAUUAAAAAAAAAACAAAAAACAGGGGAUUUUGGUUUUGUGGAUGUGCUGCCCUUAUGUACAUUUACAAAAAAACCAUGAACAUGGACACACACACACACAUUAAAUCAAACUGGCCUACCUGUGUAGAUAUAUCUGAAUCAAGACCGUCAAAAUAAAGUAACUGUACUACUCAGUAGCAGAUGUGUUUGUACCUAUCAUGUGCCUUAACCUUUUCCAUGGUAGAUAAAGAUAAGUGUUUUAUAUAAACUCUAUUCCUCCCCUUCAGCUGUCAUCUCUCCAUUCCCUAUGUUCACCUUCUCCUCCCCCCCCUGUCAGCCCCUCUUCUCAUUUUUCCCUCGACUCCACUCAUCACUUCAUGGAUCCUACAUCAUCACCACCACCACGCCCAGCCCGACCCUCACCCACUCCCAGCCCCUGAGUAGUUUAGACUGUUGGUGGCUUUCUGCCCUCUAUUACAUUGUAUUAUAAACUUUUAAAAAGAUAGACUCGUUGGAAGAAUUGGUUUGAUUUCCUAGAGGAGUACAGUUGUUAAUGCUUUCGUAGCGAGCAGAGGCGAUGCCACAGUGACAGAAUGUAUGUUAAUUUUACUAAUACCCAGAGGCAAUUAUUACGCUUGUUAAACAUAACGGAAAAAUACUGGUUUGUAGAAUAUAAAUUUGGUGUGUUUUCAAUAAAUCAUGCCUGGAAAGAA